GGUUCGGUGCUGGAAUGUGGGUGAAAUGUCGAAGGAUAACCCCAACCUGCGGCUGCUGGGCUCUCCCGUAAACCUCUCAUACAGAAGCAAGAAAAAAGACGACAGGAAAAAUAUUCGUAAUCGCCCCCGGUCUGCCUUGCAAAACUCGGGUUUUACUCCGGACACACAAGAAAGAUUCAAAAGGCCUUUUUCAGCGGAUACAAAAGAACGGCCGCCCUCUACGAGAUCAUUCUUCAAUACAUUCAGUUCAGAUCUACUACAGUAUAGCGACUAUCCUAUUACUACAAUUAAGAUUGUUCCCCCAACAACGGAAUUACUUGGAGAUACCAAAUCUGUUAAUAAUCAGACACUAAAUAAGGAUAAAGAAAUAUGUAGUAAUGCAUCAGAUUAUGGUUCGGAAGACACAUUUAUUAGUCUAGGAACUAAAAUAAAGGCCAGAGCACAACUGGGACCGAAACCCAAAACUCUUUCUAACAAGAACACUUUGAAGUACAGGAACAUAGCCAAGAAAGCAAGAGAGCAAGGUAGAAAGCAAAUGGAUGGUGCAGGGGAAGACAAACCUAGUACCGAGUAUGGUUUGGAGGUGAAAAUAACUGAAAGACCGCAAAGAGUACCAUCGCCGAGUAGAAGUAGAGAUUUACUUGAGCGGAGCCCGUCGUUCAAAAGACGCUCUUAUGACUCAUACUUCAUUCCCUUAGACAUGAAACGAAAAGAUGAGGACAUAGCUGGACGAGUCUCCUUCGGAUCGUCCAACAUUCAAGCUGAAGUCGAACAAGCUAUAGACACAUACUCUCGUCGCCUAACACUCACUAAGCAACAGCUCUCAUUAGUCGAAGAGGAAUCCACUCAAGACAUUGAAAGCACUUCACAAAGAAUGUCCAGCUUAUCUCCAGAAGACACAAAGAAAGAUGAGAUGGCAGAUGAUAAUUUAACUGGUCGGAAUACUUACGUUGUGGAUUCUAAAGAUGAGGAUUAUCCGAAUACGCAAAACUUUAUAAACGAACCAAAAACGUACAAUAGUUUCUACGAUGACUUUCAUUCGACUUCUCUGGAGCCUUUCAAAACUAAACUGUCUAGUACAGCAAUAGCUACGGAUUCAUCGUCAAAAGAUUCCGGUUAUCCCGACAGUGGAGCUAAUGAUGACAAAAACUAUAGACACAAUUAUUCGCUACCCAGCACAUCUCAGAAAAAGUCUAAUUCUCAAAACAAGAUUUUGGAUCAACCUAAGAGUCUAGAUAGUAUUUCCAGUAACAAUAGUAACGAUAAAAACUAUCAUAAGACAUUCCCACUUGACAAGAAUAGCCAAUGGGCAGAACCUUUAAACCACAGCAGAUUGUUGUACAAAGAUUUCUUCCUAAAGAAAGAAGGCCACGUCGCUUUACCGCCACAAAAUUCACCAAAUACCACUGAUAUAAACAUACCCGCUGCAAGUGAAAUAGAGGCAGUCGAGAAAACUGAAAACGAUAAUGAAAAUUCUGACUAUCCUUCAUACUUACUUAACAGUAGUACCAAAGCAUACACUUCUAAAGUAAUUGAAGACUACAAAAAGGAACUUGAAGCUAUAAACAACUUGCAUGAACUUACACUAAAAGACAUAAAAACUGAUGCGAUAUCUCCGACUCCACUCAAUAUUGAUAAAAUGUUCGAACAACAUUCCAGUUUUUCUGAAGAUAAACUUGAAUCUAGUGAAAAUUCACAGGAUUCUAAUAUCAUAGAUAUCGACAAAAACAAAAAUUCUCUUGACGCUACUAAGAGUGACAUAUCCAAAGUAUCAACCAAGGAAUUGAUACAGAACUAUUUAAAAGUAAAAGAAGGCGAUUACAGUAAAGAUUAUUUGCCCAAAAGUAUGAAUAAAUAUGACAGAAAGUUGAGUAACGCUUUUGCGAAAGCAGAAGCGAGUCUUGCAUCUUUUAAACAGGAUUGGAAUAAUAAAAACACCACAACAAAAACAAACACAGGACAAAUGCCUAAAGCAGUAAAUAUUAGAAAUCAAACUCAAAAGAAUUUGUUUACUCUACGCGCUCCGAUGAGUGCUAGGAUUGAGAGCGUUCAGAACGAUAAAGACAUAGACUCUUGGAUGUCUCUCUCCGCACCUUCCCCGAGGCUUCUUGAUAUAGACCAUCAUGCAGACUCUUCUAAAGAAUCUCAUCAAUUAGCACAAACAACUGCUGAAUCCAACUCACCUCGUGCCAGCAGCAGCCCAAAACGUGCUGACACUAUAAUGAGGCCAGUAGAAAAUCUAACACCUGCUACCCCGGCAUCUUCAGCCACAAACAUAUCAGUUGAAAGUGAAUCAUAUAGAGUAAAGGAGUUGAAUCCAAAGUCUACUGUAUUGGAUAUCUACUCUAUGCUUAAAGAAAUCGAAAGUUAUGGGGAUAAUCCGGUGACCUCUGUCUCGAGAGCGGAUAUACCAGAGACUCCAGAAACUGAGGUUAAGGAAGAAAGACCCUCUACUCCAAAAGACAAUUUUACGGAAAUAUUUGAAUUCUUAGAGAAAGUGGAGCAAAGUGCCAAUGAUGCUUUAAAUGUAGUCACCACUUCUACUCCACAAACGAUACCGAAGCUGGAAGCUCUACUGAAACUGCCACAAACAGAGCUGGCUCAGAGGCUGGUCACCGCAUCGUUACAAUUGGAAGAGAGAUCUUGCUGCAUUGCUCUGCUGCAAGAAAGUUUGACCAAUCAUAAGGAGCAGAUGAUAAGCAAAGUGAGCACCUUGGAGAAGCAAUCGCAUCGCAACAUCGCGAAAGUGAAGCAAGAGUGUGAAGAGACUAUCAAACGGCAUCAGAACUUCAUAGAUCAGUUGAUAAAUGACAAGAAGACGUUGAACCACCGCAUAGAGCAGCUGGUGGAUGAACGUCGGUCAUUAGAGGAGCGUUGGAAGCGGUCUGCGCAGGCGCUGGAGGAGCGAUACAAGCUGGAACUGCGCAAUCAGCACGACAAGAUGGCUGCCGCGCAACAGGUUGCAAGACAGCGAUGGGUUCGUCAGAAGGCUGAAAAAAUUAAGGAGUUAACAGUCAAAGGCUUAGAAGGGGAGUUGCGAGAGAUGGCUGAGAGACAACAGAAAGAGAUCUCUGACCUGAAGAUGUUCCACGCGGAGCAGACGGGUAGGAUGCAAGCCAAGCACGCGAGCGAGCUGGAGGAGCUGCGGCGGACCCUGGAAGAGGAGAAGGAGUCGGCGCUCAUCAAGGAAAGACAGCUGGCCAGCUCCAGGUUAGAGAAGCAGAUCUUGGAGUUAGAGCUGACGUACCAGGAGCAGCGCACGCGGCUUGUAGCCGAGAUGCGCGCAGAGAACGACCGGCUGGCCUCCGCGCUCGGGGAGCGCGAGCGCACACAGCGGGACGAGAUCGAAAAAUGGAAAGAGGAACAGGAAGCUUUAAUAGCAGAGAAAAGAAUGCAGAUGGAACAAGAGAUUGCUAAAGAGAAAGAGAGAGUAGAAGAAUCAAUGCAGAAGAAGCAAGAAGAAAUGGAACAGAAGUUCGAACAAUACAAGAAAGAGUUCGAAGCGGAACAGCAGGUGUUGUUGAAGAAGAAAGUGACAGAGAUAUCCGCGCAGCACAAGAUGGAGCGAGACAGGGAGAUCGAGAGGGCCAUCGAGAGCAUGGAGGCGGAGGCGCAGGCCGGGAGGAAGGAGUUGCAGGAGGCACUGAGGAGGAACAAAGAGCAAUACGAAGCGGAGUUGAAGGAGCUGGGAGAGACUGAGCAGGCCACGCUGCGGCGAUACCAGGAUGCUCAGGCGAGGAUCCGACACACUGAGGACCGAUGUGCUGAACUAGAAGUAACGAUCUCUCAGCUGGAAACCAGGAACAAGAUAUUGACAGAGAAGAACAUCCAGCUAGAACAGCAAUCGGACGAGGUGCGCGCGCGCAGCGAACAAGCGUGGGCCAGCAAGGUAGACGCACUGCGGAGGGAGAUGGAAGAUAUGAGACGGACCCACGAGGAGCAGAUGCACCAACUUUAUGCCAAGGUAAAAGUAGCAGUGGCGCGCAAGGACUCAGCCAUCCAGGCACUCACCCGCGAGGCGGCGAAGUACCAAGAGAAAAUAGCCGUGCUGGAGCAGAAGCUGCAGCAGCAGAGGAAGGACUUCUUGAAGCACAAGUAACGGCCACUUGUGGUACAUUCUUGAAGUAUACGUCACUUGUCUCUGUUUUAUGAAGUCUCGUGAACACUUAACGUGGCAAUUUUUCCAAGGUUUUAAACACGUUGCUCACAGAACCGUGAAUGCGAGAUAAACGUGUUUCAUUUACAGGGUGUUAGUGACAUCGUAACAAAUACUGAGGGGGAUGAUUCAGGCCAUGAUUCUGAGUUGAUAUCAAGUAGAUUUUCCUGUCGGAAAAUUCAUGAAAAUUUUAGUGUCUUUUUUAAUUAUUUUCAGUUCCAUACUUUUGCGACGGAAAAUUCUACUUGAUAUCAACUCAGAACUAUGAUCUGAAUCAUCCCUCAAAGUUUUCACUGACACCCUGUAUAAACUCACGCCGUUAAACAUAGCUGACUGAUUUGGAUUUUACGACAUGCCCGGGAAGACAGCACGUGUCUAUGUUUUUUUAAUUCGCUCUCAGUCCAGCAUAGAAGCUAUAGAUUACAGUUUGAUAGAAAAACCAGGACAUUGUUCUGCUUGCGGCUGAGCAGCAAGCAUUCAAUAGGUGCUUAGGCCGGUCUAAGAAAAUUACUCAUGAGUAUUUCUAAGAUAUGUACGUAGGCUUUUUUCACGAUUCUGUACUCGGCCAAUUAGGAUUUUAUAACGAAAUAAGUAGAAUCUUCUGAGCUUUAAAAAACUAAGCGUUUGAAAUCAUUCUUCGGCACGUUAAGCCGUUGGUCCCGGUUAUUACUUACUGAUUUAAGUACGUAGUCGUUACAUAAGUCAUGUCAGGGGCCUAUGACGGCUCAGUAAUAAUCCUGACACCAGAGUUGAUGAGGUUGGUAUUCCACCUCACAACCCACACGAUAAGAAGAAGAACAAUUCUUCGGUUUCGAAUAAUAAUACAGUGGUCUACAAAACUAAGUAUUAUACUUUUAAAAUUAUAACAACUUAUAAAAUACACAAGAUAAAGUUUCGAAAAACAUAAAUAAAUAUUGAUAUAAAGUUUUUUAUUUUAAAUCUAUAACUUUUAUUCAAAAUUAUAAAAGUGUAGUAUUUAGUUUUGCAGGCCAGCCUAUGUUAACUCUAAAAUUCUCAAGAUUGCUUCCGGUCGUACUUAGUAAUUAUAUUUUAAUAAAAAGUAGCCAUUGUUUUUUGCAACAUUUGUGCCUCUUUAUAUCCGUCCAGUCAAAUAAUUGGAUAGUUUCCUAGGUCAAAGAUAAAUUAUGAAAUUCUUAUUUAUUCAUUAGUAAAUAAUUAUUUAUGAAUUUUAAUAAUUUGUCAUGUUUUUCUACGACGUCACAGGAUGCUUUUUCAUACAAAUUCCAUCGUCAUUUCGCGUUUUGACGUUUAGUGAAAAGUAACUGAUUUGACCAGUUAGAAACUACCCUAUUAUCUAACUAUUUGUUAUUAUUUAUUAUUAAUUUAUUGUCUUGUGUCGAUGUAAUGCACUUUGCUAAUCGUGUGGUAGAGUUUUUGCUUCUAGGAGAGAUGUCACAUAUCUUUGAUUGUUUACAAUACGCUGUGAUG